UCUCCAAUAUACCUGGUACACGUUUUAUUCACAAUUUUAUUUAUUAUUAUGUUGUGAUGUCAGAAGACAAUUUGACAGAUUUGGUUAAGUAGACCAUCGUAAUGGAAAAUAAUGUCAAUCUGUCGUCAAUAAUCUCAAUAAUUUAUUUUUUGUUGUAUUCUCUUAUUUACUGUGACGAACCUCCACCGGGUACGUUAACUGACUUAAACCUGUGCAAAGUUUCCCAUUUGGGAAUCGAUUACAAAGGGUACAUUGGAAAAACAGAAUCAAACGUUCGAUGUCAAUCUUGGACGUCGUCCCAACCGCAUAUAAUAAAAGAAGAUAUAGCGGAUAGAAAUUUUUCAGACGGAUCGAAGAAAUUAGCGAAGAAUUUUUGUAGGAAUCCUACAAGUGAUCCGAUGGGACCAUGGUGUUAUACGAUAGAUACAGAUUUACAAUAUGAAACCUGCGGUUUGCCUUUAUGUAGUUUUUCUCAGGUUAAUAUAGACAAAUAUGUUUUCUGAUCUCCUUUUUAUCAUAUAAUUCUUUAAGAAUAUGCACUUUAUCUAAUUUAUAGUGUAAACUCACUGGCCCCGGAAUGGAAUAUGGAGGUGAACACAAUAAAGGUAC